AUGGACCACGACACCACCGGAAACCGGCGCCCCAGCUCCAGGACGCGAACGUCGCGUCCCACUACGCCGCUACGGCCCUCGUCGCGGUCAUCCUUUCGCGACUCUGCCCGCUCGGCCGGCGACGGGGACACGCCGUUUCCCCUCAACACGUUCGAGCCCGCCUUUGCCGAGCUGUCCGAUGCCAUGGCCGACCUGGAGGCAAACAUGAUGCACUUCCAGCUCAUGCACGAAAGCCUCGCCCGCUUCAGCGAAUCUUUUGCCAGCUUCUUAUAUGGCCUCAACAUGAAUGCCUUCUGCGUAGAUUUCCCGGAGGGCCCUGUACCAGAGUCCUUCCGCAGAGAUCGACAGCGCCAGGAAACCAGGAGUGCGACAGCAGUGCGAGCGGACAAUGAUGUUGAAACCACAUUCAUGUGA